AUGUCCUUCCACAAUCACUACGAAUGGAAGAUUGGAAACGAUCGGUCGAAUAGGGCACAGGUAAAUUCUAAUCAGAAGGAUGUAGAGCGACUCUCUACUUCGUUUUUUGUUACUAACUUCCCAAGAGACAUGAUAGAGAAGGAUUUGUGGAGAUUGUUUGAUGAGUAUGCUAAGGUUGUGGAUGUCUAUAUUGCCAGGAAAAUAUCAAAAUUGGGGAAAAAGUUUGCUUUCGUUCAUUUUUUAAAAAUUGCAGAUGAGAAAAGGCUGGAAUCAAAACUUGUUGGUAUCUGGGUGGGGAACUUUCACUUAUUUGUAUCAAUGGCAAGAUUUAAUAUGGACCAAAAGUCACCUAAACCUUCUGGAAACAUUCAUAAAAAAGAUUAUGGUCCAAAACAGAGUGCAAACAUGCAGGGCACUGAACAGGUUCAUCGAAGUUCUUAUGUUGAUAUUCUUCAUAGAGGUAAUGGUGAAAGGAAUCAGGUGAAUACAAAAGCAAGUAAAACCAUCAAUCUUGUUGCUGGUGAUUUCAUGGCUAUGGAUGAUUCCUCAAGGAUUAUCUUGUGUAAAGUCCGAUAUGCAUAUAUUAUCCCCCAACUUUACAGUCUUUGUAAUGUAGAAGGAUUUGUGGAAGUUAAUAUUAAAUUUAUUGGGGGUAGAUGGGUUUGGUUCCAGUUUUUGUCAACAGCUUCAUGUGUUCAGUUUAAACAACAUGAGGGGAUGAUGAAGUAUUUUCAGGAGGUGGUUCCGGUAAACAAGUCUUUUGUGGUGAAAGAACGUGGAGUCUGGUUAGAAAUCCAGGGUCUACCCCUUUCUGCGUGGUCUAUCAUUGCAUAUAAAAAAAUUGCAAGAAUAUAUGGUCAGGUGUUGUUUGAUGGUGAAGAUUUGGACGAACAAUUAAGUAGUGGAAAGAAAAUCAUACAAAAUCCAUGUUCAGGAGAUAGCAAUGUAGGUUCCGGAAAUAAAAAAUCUGAUGGAUGUGAGGAGAAUGAAGGAGAAUCACAAAGACUUGAUACUGAGUUAAGUGAAGGAGAAGAGGAGGAUAGCAAUGGAGAACGAGCAGAUGUUGAUAUUUAUAACGAUGAAUUAGAACAGUUUCUUCCUGAAGACCCAAUAAUAUAUAAUGAUAAGUUUUCUGGGAUAAAAGAAGCAAUUGGUGAAGAUGUUUCAAGCGAGGAAGAGUUUUGCAACAAGGAGACGGGUGGGUUUGUUAAUUCUAAAAAAAUGGAUUCCAAUGUGGUGCCAAACAAUAAGGUUGAUAUGAAUGAAGGUGGCUCCGCCGAUGAAGUUGGUGCAACAAGAGAACCUGUUGAUGUUGAUGAUAAAGGGGAUCGACCCUUUUCUAGAGGAGUAAAUGUAAAGGAUACAGGUUCUGCAGGGAGUCAGAAAGAUAGUUUUGGUGAAGGGGAUAGUUUUCCAGGUUGCUAG